AUCAUGGUUGGCCAUUUGAAAACAUAAUUGCCCCCAGCGUGGUAAAUUUAAGGUUUGAAACCUAGUUUGUGUAUAUUCAGUAUUUAUUUUUCUUUGAUAAUCAAUGUAAUGAUAAUUUAAAGAGACGUGCAGCAGGAACCAAAUGUUGUUUUCUGUUGGUAACCGGGGAAAUAUUCCUGACGCACUUCUGGUACUGAAAGAUUAGCGUUAGCACACUAGCACUAGCAUCAUUAGCAUUAGCUGAUAAGAGAGCGAGCCUCCAGUAGGCUGAAACUAUUUGUAUUUAAGCUCAUACAUUAAAGACCCUGCAUGUAUUUUGAAAGUGCUCAUUGAAAUAUCAUUUAUCGACUAAUGUUCGCAUGUCGUAUUCUCGGUUUAUUAUCACAUUUUGUCUCAGCUAACGUUAACGUAAGUUUAUCAUUUUUGUGCGGACUCGAGCUGGUUAACGUUAGCAACAAGGCGCAACGCUAACAACAAAUCCCCGUAUAUUGAAAGUGCACCUGUUGUUAGCAUGCACUGAUCAUUUGCUACGUGUGCAUGUGCGAACUACACCAAAAACAAAACAUACCUAACGAGCUGCAGUUUCAUCAAUUGGACCAUCCUAGGCCCACGGGAUGGCUGCUAGACCUGCAGCCGGACCAAGUACCUCCAAAACGGACUUCAUUGAUCUUUACAGUGACCUGAAUCAAAACGAAGAUGAUUUGGACAGAAUUGCUGAAGCAAAUGAACUUUAUGAUGCUGUCCUAACUGGCUCAGUCGAUCAGGACAAGAAAGUCACUACAAAUGUGGCUAACAAGACGCCACCUAAAGAGGAGGCUAAAUCAACAACAGUGAAAAUCCAACAAGGAAGACACUCUCUGAGGAGACUGUCUUUAUAUAUUGGAAAUUUCCCCUGGUGGACAUCUGAUAAGGACAUCACGUGCAUGGCUCAAACAUUGGGUGUGAAGGACAUCAAAGAGAUUAAAUUUGCUGAGAACAAAAUUAAUGGCCAGUCAAGAGGCUUUGCUGAAGUGGUGGUAACCUCAGAAGAGUCAUUGAAAAUAUUGUUGGAAAAAAUACCCCAAUGUGAGCUCAAUGGGGAUAAGGUAGACUGUCGCUUUGCAACUCGCCAGAACCUCGGUGUGUUUGAGGACAUAGCAAAUAAACGUAUACCCCUGCGUAUUAAUUCCAGAGAUCCUAAGGAGUCCGAUUUUUCGGAUAGGAUUCCCUCUUUAUUAUCACAGGAGCCCAGUCACCCCCCUUUACCUCCACUUUUUCCAUCACAUCCACUUAUAAACAGGUUUCCCCCAUUACCCAACGCUUACCAUAGUCAUCCACCUCCUCCUUUCCCACACAUGCCGCCAAACAUCCCUCCACCCAUGCCACCGCCUUUGUUCCCUCCUCAUCCAAUCCAUGUUCCCAGCCAACCAGCUCCCAGUCUGCAUGUAAAUCCGGCAUUCUUCCCCCCGGCACAAGACGGGCACAGCAGCCAAGCUUACAGCCAACAAAAACAAACACCUCGAAAUACAGAUAGAGAUUUUGAAGAGCUGAUGAACAGAAAUAAAGCUGUCGCAAGCAGCGCCAUCAGCAAGGCUGUGUCUGGAGCAACAGCUGGAGACUUGCGGGUUGCCAUGGAGACUCUAUUAACGGCCAUCGCCAUCAUUAAGCAGUCCAGAGUGUUCGGGGAUGAACGCUGCCAAGCCCUGGUCACCUCCCUCAAGGACUGUCUAGUCUCUAUCCAGGGCAACUAUGGCUACAGAAGUAGCAGUCGUUCUGGGGAAGAGGAACGGGACCGGGACAGGGGUCGCGACAGAGAGCGCGAUAGAGAACGGGACAGAGAACGGGACCGAGAAGACUCUUCUGGCUGGGACGGUGCAGGAAUGUCUCGAAGACACAGACAGCGCUCCCGGAGCGGAGAGAGGGACAAGGAGCGCUCCAGAGAACGGGAAAGGCACCGAGAUUACAGAGACCGAUACCGCUAACUUGACUGAUGGAGUGUUUAAGUGUGAAGCUGAUCGAAGACAAAGAUUGUUCGUUUCUGUUGCAUAAAAAUCUUGAGGAAUCUAAAGGUGAGACUGAAGAUGUAUCUCAAAGUAUAAAAUGUACUACUUUUUUUUUUUUUUUUCCAACCGUUGUCUGUACAUACUGGGACUUUUACCUGUUUUAAGAAGAAAAAAAUGUCAUUGUAGAUUUGCUGCUGGAUCAUCAGAUUCCAAUGCUUGCAUGUGCAGGAACACCUCUUAACUUAUGAAAUAGUGUACCGUUAUCAUUUUCUUUUGUAUUAAAUCUAUAGAUUAAAAACACAUUCCCUGACAA